AUGGACUUGUACGCCGAUCUACCGCUUGCUAAAGGCGCCAAAACGUCUUCGGCACUUGAUGCUGAUGGUAAACCCAAGACGUCUCUAUCUUCUACCAAUUCUGUAUGGGCAAGUGCGCCUUUAAUGGUCCCACAAGCAGCUAAAAACAAGAACAAUAAUAUGAAAAGUCGACCGACGGCGGUAGUCGCCAGUAGCACGUCAAUGUCAUUCAAUGUAUUGGCAGCAGGGAGAGGCAAAAGUGUGACACGAUCGACCAUGUCAUUGGCUUUUAAGCCAUCGUCGGUGACCAGGAGAACGUCGACAGGAGCUACUACUCAAGUGGUGUCGAAGAAAGAGGGCAAGGUUCAGGCCACGGGGUUGGGAUAUGUUGCACCAAUGGAAGUAAAGGUGGCAUUGGUGCAACAACAGGAGAAGGAGGUGGACGUGGAUGUUGGUGCAGUAGGUGGCCAUUUUUUUCAAGCAACGUAUCGAGACGAAUAUCAACCAGCACGACCAAAUAGCUAUGAGGUCUUUUGUAAAGAGCGAAAGGAAAAGAAGAAGCUUGAGCAGGUCAAACGGGCACUAAGUCGACGACAGAAAGAACAGGAGAGAGAGGGCAAGUUGGAGCGAGAGAAGUUGGCAAAGGAUCUGGCUGAAGGCCGAGCGCCAAACAUGAAGCUGCCGGCUCCUGCUGGACGAGGACGAGGCAUGACGAUGCCGGCAUGGAUGCGCAAGAAAAUGUUUGUCAUUUGUGAAGAAAAUGCAGCGUCACAGCCAGAGAGUGAGCGUGAUGUGGACCGAGAACAUGAACCAGGAGAGGUUGCUAAGUUUAUUGAAGAACAGUUUGAGGAUGCUGCGGAGCCACGAGGCGGUCUGGGGUUCUCAGCUGACGACAUCGGGUUUUCUUCGUCUUUUGGAUCGUCGUCAUCGGCAGUACCGGAUGAAAUUGCACGAGCAGCAGCAGGUGAACCUAACCUUCAAUUGCGUGUCAGCAGUUUGCGCGGUGGUGAUCGUGAUAGCAAGCAUAGACAUUCAACACUGAACCAUCACUCGAACGCACCAAUGAUGGACGAAUUUGGACGAGAAGUUCGGCAUAAAGUACAACAUGGAAGUGAGGACCAGUCCACCGAGAUACACGACGAGGGUAGGACGAGCAUCCGAAGCUACAACAGUCAUGGUAGCGGCAGCGAAAGCCGCGCUCCUGAUGAGAAACGCCGUCGGACUAGCGGAUGGGAUAGCAGAUCGCCACACAAAACGUCAUUGACUAGCCGGGUAGUGUUGCUACAGAAUAUGGUGGGACCAGGCGAGGUGGAUGAGGAGUUGCAAGACGAGGUCAAGGGUGAAUGUUCUGAAACGUAUGGUCCUGUGGCAAAGUGUGUGAUCUAUGAAGCGACCGAAAGGGUCCCGCCUGAAGAAGCUGUGCGAAUUUUCGUCCAGUUUACGAAUCUUGGAGACGCUACGAAAGCUUUGACAGGCUUACAUGGACGAUUUUUUGGAGGUCGCAAGGUUAAAGCUGUGUACUAUGAUGAGAGCAAGUUUGAGCGGAUGGACCUCAAAAGCCAGUAG